GAACGCGCGAGUUAUUGCAGUGUAAUUUCGGCUGAGACGACUCUAGCACAACCGGUGCGCGCAAUCCCGAAAAAAAGUAAAUGGAUGUGGUGAAGAAAUAACGAUUCACUGAGGAGGGCUGUUGCCCUUGUGCUCGACGAUGACGGGCUCCCAGGGAUUGGUCAGGAGUGAUGGGUAUCUUCCGAGUCCUGCAACGACGCCAGGAUCGGUGUUCGACGAGGACAAGUUCCUAGUGCCCUAUUACGUGAAGAAGAGGCGGAGAUGGUACGAUUUGAGGAAUGCGCCUUUUGCUAUUCUCACUGUUAGCACUUUACAGAUUUGUGUCCACAUCUUUCUCGCCAACGACGUCAAAAAGGUACUUAGAUUUGAACCGGUGAAGUGCUACGAGAUCUGGAGAUUUGUAACUUAUAUGCUAGUCCACGACGACUGGUAUCACUUGAGUUUGAACGUCGUGAUCCAGUGUAUAUUCGCCUUGCUACUGGAGAGGCGCCAGGGGCAUUUGAGGGUCUUCUUUCUCUACGUAUUGGGGGGUGUUACUGGGGUUUUAGGAGCGUCCUGUGUUCAUCCCGAUCUUGUGAUAGGGGCUUCAGCGGGAGUCUAUGCCCUCCUUAUUUCGAACAUUGCAGAUAUCGUUUUGAAUUACCACACCAUUAAAUACAAAAUAUACCGAGCGACCUGUAUAGGCAUCCUGGUGCUAUUCGACGUAAUCUACGACAUAGUCCACGUCUAUUCAAAGAAGGAACCACUGAUCUCGUGGGAAGCUCACUUCGUAGGCGGCGUCGCUGGCCUCCUAUUAGGCCUAGUCUUUUUCAAAAGCGAAAAUAAACCCGCCAUAACCUCAAAAAUUAACAAGUUCCUCUUCUGGACCGGUCUAACACUUUUCUUCGCCUUGAUGAUCUCAUUUGUGAUACUUACCAUACAGAUUAAGAAAUGCACCCCUGUUAACACCAUAUAUGUUCGGUAUGUUUACUUUUGUUGAGGAUUUUUUUAAUUGUUAUCGUGAAUCCAUCUCAGGAAGAGGCAAUCAAUGAAAUUUUAAGUCUGCAGAUGCCUGUUGAUACACAAUAAUCAGAAAUUUUAGUGGUAGUUUUUGCUAUAUCGAAUUUUAUAAAUGUUUGUAAUUGUAAAAGCGAGAAUAUAGACUGCUGAUCUUCUCUAUUAACACGUAUGACUGAUUCUUGCAAUAAAAUACAAAUAUCAUCUACUUUUUAUUUGAAAAUUUGGUACCACUGAAAUUACUAGCGUGUAUGUCUUUUAAAUAAUAUUUAAUUUUCUGUUUUAUCGAACAAUCGUAAUAUGUAUCAGUUUAGGCAUGCAAUUUAUUGUGCACUUGUUUUCCCGAAUCCUCACAAAAGGGGAACAUAUUUUUGAAAAUUUUGUAGCGCCUUUGAGAUAAAAGUAAUUGAAUUUUAUAAUUCUUUGUAAAACUUUUAUAUUUUACUGUUUGUGUUUUACAUAAAUGUCUGUUAUCUAAUAAUUUAUAUUCUAA